AUGGAUAUCCCAACGAUUUUAAACGAGAAGGGGACUGCUGCUGCUGCUGCCGCUAAAGCUCAGCUUCAGCAGCAAUUGGCUCAGGGUACUCACAUAAAAUCCCAAUCGCCGUCCGAAAUGGGCUCUGAAAACGGAACGUCACAAAAUGGAGACCAGCCGAAUAUCUAUAAUCCUACCUCGCAACCUCAGCCUCUAUCAACUAUCCCCCAAUAUCAUUCUCCGCCGCAGAGCUCAGUUGUAAAUUCAGCUGCCCGUUCCGACUACAUUCAGAACGACCAGGGGAAGAUCGAAUAUCUUCAGAAUGACAGUAGCGGACGCACAAGAGCAAAUGGAGAACCUGCGCCCAAAACUUUCCAUUGCUCUACCUGCGGCAAAGGGUUUGCGCGGAGGAGUGAUCUCGCCAGGCACGAACGGAUUCAUAGUGGAAUCAGACCUCACGUAUGCGACUGGCCGGGUUGCGGGAAGCAAUUCAUCCAGCGUUCUGCAUUGACUGUCCAUACUCGAGUCCAUACUGGCGAGAAACCACACAUGUGCGACCGAUGUGGCAAGCCUUUUAGUGAUUCGAGCUCCCUUGCAAGACAUCGCAGAAUACAUUCCGGAAAACGACCUUACAAAUGCCCGUAUGCAAAUUGUCAAAAAACUUUUACGAGGCGGACUACUUUGACGAGGCAUCAGAAUCACCAUACUGGUACGAUCGAAGAGGCUGCAGCUCAAACUGAAGCAAACCUGCGUCAAAACAAAGAGAGAAGUAUUCGUCCCCUUGAAGGAGUUUAUUCAGAACCGGGAUCCGCCCAGUCGACACCUUCAUGUCAACGUCUUUCUGCAUCUCCCGGGAAUGAAUUACCACCAAUGCAUCUACACCGCCAAAUGGGCGAAUACUAUAUGGGCAAUAAUACCUCGAUACCUCCACAUCUACGAAGUGACUUCCAACAAGCCAGUCCCCGCGCAUCUCCAUCCACGUCAUCGCCACCGCUUUCUACCUACAAUAGCGUGCCCCACAUUCGACCUUCCUUGACCUCCCACCCAAGUGGAUACCGACCACCUCAACCUCUUGAACCUCCUGCCAACAGUGAUCCUCGCCCCAAUAGCGUAGCUGGAAGUCCACACAUUUCGAGCAUGGGGUGGGCAUCUCCGACACUUAACAGCAUCAGUUCGCCAGGGUCAGCCUCAGCAACUGAGUAUUCAUACCCAGAGCCAUCACUACCUCCUUACUCAGCGCACAUACCGCCCCACAUGUUUUUCCCCAAUUCAACAAUACGACGGCCGCAAAGCACUGAACCAGAGAACUACGAAAUGAAACCUAAAUUGAACGGGGAUUCAUGGACUACGCCUGUUUGAUCGCGACUAUUGAGAAGUGCACCGAUUGUUCUUCCUUCCACGCCACCGGUUUAUUCCAAUGCGAUUAAUUAUUUUACUUCGUGCCUUGCUUUCCCCGGAGUUUUAAUAGAUACUCUGCCGUGAUCUCACGAACAUGAAAACGGGUUUAUUGUUCGAUAGUGCUUGUAUGAAUACCAUACCUUAUUCCACCAUACAUACCUUUUUAUUAAUCACUAGUACCUCCGUUGUUGCUUGCCAUAUCUGGGGGCCCAUUAUUUUCUUUUUUCCUCUUUCCCUCUCCAAAUUUCGUCAUAUAAGUUAAUUUUCCACGCUAGGUUCUCCCACUCAUCAUCAAUAUUUUUUAACUUUUUCUUUCUUCUUUUGAUAGAACAUUUACAGAGCUCUGCAGGCGCUGUGGGAAUGGAACAUUGCGAAUGGUGUAAGCAGCAAUCGGAGUACGGAAGGAGCUUUUCGGGUUUCCAGUUUACCUUUGGCUGUUUUUGGGAUUUGAUAUAACUCGGGUUGUAUUGUAUUCAUUCGUUUCGUUCGAGUUGACACGGUUGCAUGGACAAAAACUAAGGCUAUAGGGCUAUUUAGUUAUAUAUGUAUCUCAUUACCCCCAUCUUUUUGAUAUAUUAGUUUUUUUUGACCAACAUAG